CUAGCUCCAUAUCAUCAAAUCCUCCAUCCAACUCCAUCUAUAUCCAUCCCAAUUCAUCAGCUAGCUAAGCUAAGCUAGAUCGAGCUCCAACAUCUAGGAAAAAGCAAGCAAGCAAAGAUCGAUAUACACAUUAUUACCGAGAUACAUACAUAUGGGCACUAGUGCCAUGGUGUCGCUGUUGGCCGCCUUGGACAAGGACGGCGACGGCAAGGUGUCGGCGUCCGAGCUCCGUCGCUGCGUCGCGGCCACGCUAGGCGACGACGACGUGCUCUCUAACGAGGAGCUCCUGACGGCCGACGGCGACGGGCUGCUGGACCUCCCGGACCUGCUGGCCGGCGCCGGGGAAGACGAGGAAGACCAAGAGCGAGAGCGGUGCCUGAGGGAGGCGUUCGCCAUGUACGCUGAUGAAGGGUCGAGGAGGAUCACGCCGGGUAGCCUGGGGAGGAUGCUGGGGAAGGUAUUGCAGGAGAACGAGUGGUUGGAUGAGAAAGAGUGCCGGGCGAUGAUCUGCCGUUUCGACCUGGACGGCGACGGCGUGCUCUCCUUCCACGAGUUCGCCGUCAUGAUGAUGAUGGCCUAGCGAGAAUCCUAAUGCAUUUCUAGUCAAUGCAAUUCUAAUGUGCAGUCGUCAUGCUUGUGUUGUGUGUGCUGAUCCAUUCCAUUCCUUCGUUUUAUUUUAUUUCUUGGGGACAUUUGAUUCAUUGCUUGUAGUGAGUACAUGUUGAUGUGCUGGAGGGCGCUUGAUUUGAGCGUCUCGUGUAAACAUAGUACGACCAUCUUCUGUGUUGAUGGUGCCUCGUGUAGGCAUGCAUGCGAGAUCAUCAUUGAGCCACAUCAAGUCCUUGUAAAGUCGCUACUACUAUGGAACGGGGGCCAAGUCUGGUCAAUUUUAUCAAUGUAACUUCCACGAAACUCUUCAUAUAUCAUUGUCCCGUCCAUUCCACGCAAAGAAAUUGUGACCUUUUUACUCACACUGCCAAGAAUACACAGCUUCAUUCAAGACAAGAUACAUGGGAACGUAAACAUAUAUAGUAAUAACAUACAUGCAGUGUUUAUGUUCAUGGCUGGCAACACCAACACUGACGACAGACAGACAAGAGUGUACAUGCAAAA